AGCAACCCGUUUAAAACGUUUACGACACCAAGAGGCAUCAAAGAUGGCGAGCAUAAACCGAGUUGGCUCGCCUAUGGAUUUAUGUGAAGAAAACUAUGACUUAAAACAAGAAGUUCUUGACAAUAAGAAAAAGUUUUUGGAAAACAAACAGAGAAAUCGUUCACCUUUUUUCAUCGGAUCCAUUGAUGAGGUUAAUAAGAAAAUCAGCAAAUUAGACAGAAAACUUCAGAAGUACACAGCAUUGGUUGUGGAGAGUCGAGCCUCUAACUAUGAAGACACUGAUGAUACAAUGUCUGUGGCCAGUGCCAGAGGGAGAGACAGAUAUGAAAGAAGAGAGAGAGAAACCAAAGAAAUUAACAAAUUUGCAGGGUACUUUACAAUGAAGCAGACUUUCCUACCGGGAAGAAGUGAGAGGGUUAAAAAUAUCUCUAAAGUCAGCAUGCAGCCUAGCAAAACUACAAUAAAGAAAGAAUCAGGAAAACCAAAGUUUGUUGAGCUCCACCAGUACCCAGGCUAUGACAUCACAGAGCUAACGGCCCUCCCCGAUGAAAUCCCCCUCGCGGAGAUGUUACAGAAAGCAGUCUCAGCUCACAUGCAGCUUCAUAAAAAGCCUGACUACAGACCUGAAUUUGAAAAAUGGUUUUACUCUGAAAUGUCCCAAGCAGUAUGUUCUGACAUUUUCUGGUACCUCUUCCUGGACAAGUUUCAGUCGAGUAAAAACUCCCAGGUCAAGCUGUUUAAUAGGGCAGCAUACAACUAUGUCAAGUUAAUGUUAUAUGUCAGGAAUCCACAGUACCGUGAUGUCUUCUUCAAGGACUACCCGACUCUGGUUGCCCAGGCGACCUAUGCUGCCUACUGCCACUCCUUCCCUGACUCUUACAGACAGUUUAAUGAGCAGUUUAAGGAGGAUCUAGUCACCCUGGUCUACAGCUGGAUUGCAGGUAUCAAACCUGCAUCAAGAUGCUGGUUGUCCUGGAACUUUGACAAAUUAGAGCCACCCAAUAUAAAACAGAGAGAAGAGAUGAUGAACAGAGAGAAGAAUAAAAAACCCUCCCUGUCUUUGAAUUUUGAUUUCCUGGACUCCCUGUUCUCUAGUAAUGCCAGUCAGUAUACCUCCACCACCUCCCUAAAUCAGUCCAUGUCAAAGUCCUCAAUGCAGAGCUUCGGGGGUCGCCGAGGGAAAAAACUCUCACGAGGCCUGAACAGGCGUAGCAGUGUACAGAGCUCUGUGUCGCUCUCCUCCAAACAGCACCUCCAGUCUCCUGGAUCUUCCCAUGAUGGGGCCAUUAUUGACUAUGUGUCCGAAAAUCAGAGAGUGGGAGGGUACGGGAAAAAGCCCUCUCCAUCGGGGUCUCAGGUGGGGAAGGAACGGGCAGUCGAUCCCAGAAAAUUACGAGAUGCGCUGACCCCGAUUAGGGAGACAACAUACGAAGAGGAUGCUCAACAGCUGGACACUCACAGAGGGGACAAAACAUCCACCGUGUCUGUGGCUCUGACCAAGGCCCCCACUAAAGUCCCAGGCAGGAAGUUACGAGAGUCCCACCCAGCUUGUGGAGGCCCUGACUAUGUGAAGUCUGUUUUUAACAUUAACGGACAGAGCCCCCUGGUGGUGCACUUUUUAAGGAUGAAGGGUCUGCAGUAUGAUGCUGGUACUGAUGUCCUGGUACAGCGGACAGAAAUUCAAAACUUACCUCCUUUGGAUGCACCAACAUAUAGAGAUGUAAUCAGAGAAUCUUUCAAGAAAGCCAGGGAUAUAGAGAAGCAGUAUGAUGAAUUUAUUGAAAAGAACUUUAAGGAGCAUGUAGAGACAAUGAUGAGAAAUAGAAUAGCUGACAAGAGACACAGAGAUUUAGAAAAGUUACUGUUGUCCAAUCCAAAGGAGGUCAAGAGGUUAACGGAACUCAUCAUAUUGGAGCAGGAGAAAAGUCUCGAGUCCGAUUCAGCUGAACCAGCGAGAUUGGAGGAUUCUUUGUCGGCCGGAGCUGAUACAGCCAUAGAGAACUCGCUACAGGCCCUGAGAUGUACCUAAAGGGAAGAUAACUCAUGGUGUUGUCCAGCCCUGGGAUAAAAUAUAUACAGUAGUUUUUGACUAAACUCUUACCAUCAUGUAUUUGAUUGUUAUUGACUGUAUAUAUUUUCAUGUUCAUUCUAUACGUAAUGUUAUGUACAUAAAGUCUCUCGCAAAUAUUUCUUGUCCACAAACUUUAUUUUGAUGAAGACACAUUUCUUGUCAUAUGUACAAACAUGUAUAUGCAUUUCUUCUCAAUGUUUUGAAAUUGUGCCAAAUAGUAUUAAUUCCAUGAGAGAUGCUCCGAUACAUUAUUAUAUGAAAUGCGUUGAAUAGUAAAGCAUUGAAUUUUUACUAAAGCAUGUUCCUUGCAGACUUAAUUUUCUAUAAAUAGGUCCUGUACUAAACUAGCUUGUAUAAAGCAUUUUACUUGUGUGAUUUCAAUUAAAUAAGUUAUACAAUCAUUUUUUUGAGGAUAGAACUUUUAAUUAUUUUAAUACAUUCCUUAUACCCACUGUGAUAUGGUGACUGUGAUUAUAUUUAUACAAUUUUAAGAAUAAUUUACUAGUUUACAACACUGUUGCUAAUUUGUUCAUGAUGCAAGGAUUGGUUUGUAAUGUUACUGUCUUAUUCAAUAAAUUGUUUCUUAUUAUG